UCCCUCUUGGUGCCUCCGCAUCAUUUGUCAAUCGCCCAAUUUGCCGUCAAGAUGACGAUGCGGCAAGCGACCAAUAUUUCAAAUUAUCAGACGUCUCAAGUUCUCAUCAAUAUAUUCGUCCUCACCAUCUUCCUUGCCGCCUUCUGCAUGCUCCUCCGACGCAUUUCUCGUCUGUCUCGUCCAAAAGUGUCUCGACCAUAUCAGAACCCCGCUCCGGUUUCGCGGAUGAGACUCGCCCAGAUGUCCUCCCAUAUUUCCAAUGGCCAUAGCAAUGGUUCGCAGUCAAACGGCCAUUCCGAUGCUACGGCGGCGCUAGCAGAUAUACCGAAAUCCAACACUUUCACCUCGAAACUCCCUCCCGACCCUCAAUAUCCCACGCCGGCCGACUCUCAUAAAGCCCCUCGACAGAAGCUGGGCCCCCGCAUGGUGCGAGGGGCGCUGUACACGUUUGUCAGGCCUGAGCCCACCGAAGAACCUGAACUGCUAGCGGUCAGCAAAGCCGCGCUCCGCGAUAUCGGUCUCGCCGAAAGUGAAGCGUCGUCUGAAGAAUUCAAGGAGGUUGUCGCCGGCAAUAAGUUGUACUGGGAUGAAGAGAAGGGUGGAAUAUAUCCCUGGGCGCAGUGCUACGGCGGCUUCCAGUUUGGCUCAUGGGCUGGUCAACUAGGUGAUGGUCGCGCUAUCUCGCUAUUUGAGACGACCAACCCAAAGACAAAAGUCCGUUACGAACUGCAAUUGAAGGGCGCAGGCAAGACACCCUACUCGCGUUUUGCCGACGGCAAGGCCGUUUUGAGAUCGAGUAUCAGAGAGUUUAUUGUGUCCGAGUAUCUCAAUGCCAUCGGCAUACCUACCACUAGAGCACUGUCAUUGACACUGUGUCCGAAGUCCGAGGUCGUCAGGGAACGCCUUGAACCUGGCGCGAUUGUCUGCCGUUUUGCUCAAACAUGGCUGAGACUAGGCACAUUUGACCUCCUGCGAUCCAGAGGCGACCGCGACUUGAUUCGCAAGGUCGCUACCUAUAUUGCUGAAGACGUCUUUGGCGGCUGGGGGAAUCUUCCCGCCGCCCUGCCAGUUGACACCCCAGAUGCUUAUCUCGACCCGGCCAGAGGCGUCUCCAAAGACGAAAUUCAAGGGAAAGAAGGCGCCGAAGAGAAUCGCUUUGCUAGAGUCUAUCGGGAAAUUGUCCGAAGAAACGCCAAGCUCGUGGGAAUGAUGCAGGCGUACGGCUUCAUGAACGGAGUGCUCAACACCGAUAACACUUCGAUCUAUGGCCUAUCGCUCGAUUACGGUCCGUUUGCGUUUAUGGACAACUUUGAUCCUGCAUACACACCCAACCACGACGAUCAUAUGCUGAGAUACAGCUAUCGCGCACAGCCGAGCAUUUUCUGGUGGAACCUCGUUCGUCUAGGUGAAGCCAUCGGCGAAUUAAUUGGUGCCGGAGAUAAAGUUGACGACGAAGAAUUCGUGGAAAAAGGGGUGCAUGAAGACUUUGCACCCGUCCUCAUCAAGCGCGCGGAGACGAUUAUUGACCAGAUCUCGGACGAAUACAAGGCCGUCUUCCUGAGCGAGUAUCGCAGUCUGAUGACGUUGCGACUGGGGUUGAAGACCCAAAAGGAGAGUGAUUUUGAAAAGCUGCUCUCCGAACUGCUCGACACAAUGGAAGCGCUGGAGCUUGACUUCAACCACUUUUUCCGUCGUCUCUCCUCGGUGAAAGUGGACGACGUCAGCACAAAAGAAAAACGCGAAAAUACAGCCGAGAGAUUCUUCCACCGGGAAGGCGUUACCGGUCUAAACGAAUCCAACGACUCUGGCCGCGAAAAAGUCGGCAAAUGGCUCGACUCAUGGCGUGAGCGGGUGGUUGAGGAUUGGGACAUCACCGAUGAGACCACGGCCUCUGCAGCAGAUGAGGAACGAGAGAAGCUUAUGAAGAGCGUCAAUCCCAACUUCGUGCCCAGAGGUUGGUUACUAGAUGACAUUAUCGACCGAGUACAGAACAAGAAGGAACGAGAUAUCCUGAAGGGAGUUAUGGAGAUGACCCUGGCUCCAUUCGAAGAUGGGUGGAGCUGGAAUGAGGAAAUCGAGAAGAAGUAUUGUGGGGAUGUGCCUAGAUUUCAGAGGGCUAUCCAGUGCAGUUGCUCGUCAUAAACUAGACGUACUUCAGGUAAGUACUUCUCUUAUAUUGCCGGUGGUCCGGUGCCGGACUGUGGCAUCUUUAAUGGUAUACGGGUGCUGAGGUAUAUUAAAAUUCUGAAGAUAAUUUUACUCUUG